AUGACUAUAUCGUUGGGCAACAUGAAGAAAAGAGAUCGUUCCAAAACUUCUGAUGGACUUUCUAGUGAAGCAUCGCCUGCGAAGAGGAAACAGGUGGAAUGCGCCACCGACGAUCGAGAGGAAGAGUACACGGACCACGAUAUCAUCAUAGAGCCCCUGCAUUUUGCCAAUAACAAUAAUGCUGUGCUCACAGAUUCGGAAAAUUACCUCAGAUGGCAAAAUACUAUUUCCAAUGUAGUUAAAUCGGUGGUUUCCAUUCAUUUUUCUCAAGUCGCACCCUUCGACUGCGAUCCUGCCUUGGUGUCAGAAGCUACAGGGUUUGUUGUGGAUGCUAAACUAGGUAUCAUCUUGACAAACAGACACGUCGUUGGACCGGGUCCAUUUGUGGGCUAUGUUGUUUUCGAUAACCAUGAAGAGUGUGAUGUUAUACCGAUUUACAGGGACCCUGUUCACGAUUUCGGAUUCCUGCAAUUCGAUCCAAAAAAAAUAAAAUAUUCCAAAAUCAAAGCGCUAACUUUGAAGCCAACUUUGGCUAGGGUCGGUUCAGAGAUCAGGGUUGUGGGUAAUGACGCCGGUGAAAAACUAAGUAUCCUGGCAGGUUUCAUCAGUAGAAUUGACAGAAAUGCUCCAGAAUAUGGUGAGUUGACAUAUAACGACUUCAAUACUGAAUAUAUUCAAGCUGCCGCAUCCGCAUCAGGUGGGUCAAGUGGAUCCCCAGUGGUAAAUAUAGAUGGAUAUGCAGUAGCUUUGCAGGCUGGUGGCUCCACGGAAGCUUCCACGGAUUUCUUUUUACCAUUGGAUAGGAUUUUGAGAGCGUUGACCUGCAUUCAAAACAACAAACCUAUCACUCGUGGUACGAUCGAAGUACAGUGGUUAUUGAAGCCAUACGAUGAGUGCAGACGAUUAGGUUUGACAUCAGAAAGAGAAAGUGAGGCUCGUGCCAAAUUUCCUGAAAACAUUGGUCUCUUGGUAGCAGAGACCGUUUUGAGAGAAGGCCCAGGUGACGGUAAAAUAAGAGAGGGAGAUACUUUAAUUUCAAUUAACGAUGAAACUAUCUCUUCAUUCAUGCAAGUAGAUAAAAUCCAAGAUGAAAAUGUAGGCAACGAAGUCAAUUUGGUUAUCCAAAGAGGUGGAAUCGAACAUGCCGUUGUUUGUAAGAUUGGUGACCUACAUGACAUUACUCCUCGUCGUUAUGUAGAGGUUUGUGGUGCUACUUUUCAUGAAUUAUCGUAUCAAAUGGCAAGAUUUUACGCGCUGCCUGUCAAAGGUGUGUUUCUGAGUAGUGCAUCAGGGUCCUUUAACUUUGAUUCAAAGGAAAGAGUGGGUUGGAUUGUGGAUUCCAUAGAUAAUAGAGAAACCCCUGAUUUGGAUACAUUUAUUGAAAUAAUGAAAACCAUUCCAGAUCGUAAGCGUGUCACCGUACGAUACCAUCAUCUCACAGAUCAGCAUUCCCCACUUGUUACUUCUAUUUAUAUUGACCGUCAUUGGUGCAAUGAAUACAGGGUCUAUACAAGAAACGAUACAACUGGUAUUUGGGACUAUACCAAUGUUGCUGAUCCGCUUCCAGCUGACCCAUUGAAACCGCGUUCGGCCAAAAUCAUCUCCAUUCCCAUCAAUAAUGAAAAAAUUGCCAAUUUAUCAUCUUCAUUAUGUACUGUAGCUACAAUGGCAGCGGUUCCAUUGGAUUCUCUUUCUGCAGAUACUUUAAAGACAUCUGGUUUGAUCGUCGACGCGGAAAGAGGUUACGUGCUUGUUUCUAGAAGAGUGGUGCCACAUGAUUGUCUCGAUACUUUUGUUACCAUUGCAGAUUCACUUAUAGUUCCUGCUACCGUGGAAUUCCUUCACCCAACUCACAAUUUUGCCAUUGUUAAAUAUGAUCCAAAGUUGGUAGAGGCUCCACUAAUCACUCCUAAAUUGUCCACUACAAGAAUAAAACGGGGUGAUAAACUGCAGUUUAUAGGUUUCACCCAGAACGAUAGAAUCGUCACUUCAGAGACAACUGUUACUGACAUUUCCUCUGUAAGUAUCCCAAGUAACUUAAUUCCGAGGUAUCGAGCCACUAACUUAGAAGCUAUAUCUAUUGAUUGUAACGUGAGUACCAGAUGUAAUUCUGGUAUUCUCACGGAUAAUGAUGGUACCGUAAGAGGCCUGUGGCUGCCAUUUUUAGGCGAAAGAUUAGAAAAUAAAGAGAAGGUCUAUUUGAUGGGUUUAGAUAUAAUGGACUGUAAGGAAGUGAUAGACAUCCUGAAAAAUGGUGGCAAGCCAAGGGUAAGUAUAGUUGAUGCUGGAUUUGGUUCAAUCUCCGUCCUACAAGCCAGGAUUAGAGGAGUUCCAGAAGAAUGGAUCAUGCGCAUGGAGCAUGAAUCAAAUAAUAGGCUACAGUUUAUCACUGUUUCCAGAGUCUCUUAUACGGAAGACGAAGUUCAUUUAGAGACAGGAGAUGUCAUCUUGUCCGUAGAUGGUAAGCUGGUAACUGAAAUGAAUGAUUUGAACGGAGUUAUAAGCUCAGUUGAUGGUGUUUUACCUUCGACCAUACUAAAUUUCAGAGUUGUUCGUGAUGGGAAUAUAGUUGAUUUGAGAAUCAACACCGUUGAGGUUCAAGAAACCGAUCAUUUUGUAAUAUUUGCCGGUAGUAUCUUACAGCAACCGCAUCAUGCCGUUUUACAAGCCAUGGUUGAUGUUCCAAAGGGUGUCUACUGUACGUUUAGGGGAGAAUCGUCGCCAGCAAUCCAAUAUGGUAUCUCUGCUACGAACUUCAUUACACAUGUCAAUGAAAUUGAGACACCUAAUCUGGAUUUAUUCUUGAAAGUCGUUAAAACAAUUCCUGAUAAUAGUUAUUGUAAGAUGAGAUUAAUGACAUUUGACAAUGUUCCUUUUGCUAUUUCACUGAAAACAAAUUACCAUUACUUUCCAACCGCGGAAUUAAAUAGGAACAACGUCACACGUAAGUGGAUUGAAAAGGAAUUUACUGGUAAUAGCGAGAGCAAAAAAUAG